AUGACGCGUAUCACAGCCUCUCUUGCCGGAGUCGUCGCUGCCCUCCUCGCCAUUGUCAUCCAAAGUCAUGCCGUACCCGGCACAUUAGGAUGGUGGGAACGUGAUAUCCCACCACCAGCCUCCAGCUCGGCAGCUGCAACAUCACCGGCAGAACCAAUACCAACAACGCCACCUGAUAAUUGCAACCAGGCCUUCUUCACCAGCAUCCUGCCCUCCGAAGCAAACCUGGAGAAUAUCGCGGCUGUUCCAGAUGGCGGCAGCCAUGGUGAAGGAAAGGCGAAUAUUGCGUAUCCGACUGACCCAACGGAUCUUCCCGCAUUAUGUGCGGUGACGGUCAACGUGACGAGUUCGCCGUCGAGUAGCUAUCGGUUUGGGCUGUUCUUGCCGAUGUCGACGGAGUGGAGCGGGAGGUUUCUUGCGGUUGGAAAUGGAGGAUUUGCGGGGGGGAUAAAUUGGCUUGAUAUGGCCCCCGGCACACAUUACGGCAUGGCAACCGUCUCAUCUGACCUUGGCCACAACGGGUCUGUAAUCGACACAUCUUGGGCUAUCAACCAGCCUGAAAAGAAGACCGACUGGGGAUGGCGUGCCCUUCAUGGAACCGUUACGCUCGGCAAGAAGCUUACAGCCGCCUACUACGGCAGCGAUAUCACUUACUCGUACUAUAGCGGCUGCUCUACGGGUGGCCGCCAGGGUCUCCGCGAAAUCCAAGAAUUUCCUGACUCCUUCGACGGCGUGCUUGUCGGCGCCCCAGCCUGGUGGACUUCCCACCUCAACAACUACAUCACCCAGCUGGGCAUGUACAACCUCCCCAACACCAUCGACUCCUACAUCCCGACGCCCUUGCUCCAAGUCGUCGCCGAUGAAGUCGUCCGCCAAUGCGACCCAACCGACGGUCUUCAAGACGGCAUCAUCAGCCGUCCCGACCUCUGCACCUUCAACUCCUCCCUCCUUCUCUGCCCAUCCAACGAACCAGCACCAACCUGCCUAACCAACCCCCAACUCUCCACCCUCGCCAAAGUAUACUCCUCACACCACCACGAAACCACAGGCGAACUCAUCUACCCGGGCCUGACCCUCGGCUCCGAAGCCCAAUGGUGGGCCAUCAUCGGCAACACCAACGGCCUCCCUUCCCCCUUUGGCAUCGGCUACCAGCGUAACUUUCUCUUCGACAACGCCGCCUGGGACUACACCACCUCUUACUCCGAUUCCGUCGUCGACCUCGCUGAGCGUCUCGACCCGGGCCAAGCAACAGCAGAUCACUACGACAUUUCGGCCUAUAGAUCCCGCGGCGGCAAGAUUAUUUUGUAUCAUGGCUUAGCAGACGGGUUAGUACCCACUAAGGGGUCGGAACUUUACUACCAGCGGACUAUGCAGUACUUUGGCGACGAAACGACAGAGUUCUUCAAGAUGUUCUUGAUCCCAGGGAUGCAGCACUGCUGGGCUAGUCCGGCGGGGGUGGAUGCGCCGUGGAAUAUUGGCGGGGCGUUCCAGGCUGGUGUCAUGGGGUCUGGGGUCUGGUCGGUGCCCGGAUUCGAGGGAAGUGAGGAGCAUGAUGCGUUGGUGGCGCUGAGGAAGUGGGUGGAGGAGGGGAGGGAGGUGAGGCAGUUGGUGGCAACGAGUUGGAGGGCGGGGAUGAAUGCUAGUGGUGGGGUGAGGAGACAGAGAAAGGUUUGUGCGUGGCCGGGGAAGAGUGUUUUGAAGGAGGAGGUGGUGCAAAAGAUGGAGGAUGGGGGGGAUGUGGAUGUGGAUGUGGAUGUGGAUAGAGAGGAGGUGUGGGAGUGUAGGUGGCCGGAGGAGGGUGGUGAGGGGGAGGUUGAGGUGGAUUAG